GUCCCAAGGCUGCAGGGAAGCCUGUUAGAGUGACACGGCCACCACAGAAGCUCACAACACAGACCAAGGUUUCUUUCUAAAAGUGUGGUGGCACCAUCAUGCCCUGGCUGCUCUCAUCUCCGCCGCAUCCUUCCACGCUGUCCCCAUCCCAGCGACACUGUGAGCGUACCGCCUUCGCCUUCUACUGCGCAGUGCGGGACCAACUUCCAGCGUGGCUGUUGGAGGACAUGCGCAGCAUGGAGGUGUUCCUGUGGGAUGACGGCCACCCGCGCGCCUUCUCGCCCGGAGAUGCACUUAUGUACGCGCUGGUGCACGACCACCAGGACUAUGCACGCUACCUCCUCCGCAGUUUCUCUGUCAAGGCACUACACGUGUCACAAUGUGGCGUAUGCCAAAGCAGCGGGUCGGCGCAUCUGCACGUGGCGGUGCGUUACAACCGGACCACCAUCCUGGGAUUGAUGGUGGACUUGGUGAAGGAGUCAGCGCCUGAAGGAUGGUGUCAAGAGUACCUGAACAGCUGCGGAGGCUGUGCGCAUGGAGCAGAUGCAGGGAAGACAGCGGUGCAGUUGGCAGUGGAACUGUCACGGGCUGACUGUUUGCUGCUUCUCCUGGUGCACGGAGCACGGCCGCAUGCUUUGGAUGCGGCACUACUGCGACUCGGCGCUUCUGGUGGGGCCGAGCGACGCGAUGCCCAGCACUGCUUGGAGCUGCUUCUGCUUUUUGCACCGGAACCGGUGGCACUGUGUCGCCUGCGGGAUGAACCGCAGAGAUGGCAAAGCCUCCUGGGACGGAAUGUGUUUGGCUGGUUGAGCGGUUCAGUUCCGCCGCCACUUCUGCUUCAGGCUUUCAGGACCAUAGCCCAGGCUGUCCCAGGUCAAAUUAACCUGUUGCCCACUUUCCUGCAACCGCAUCGUGAAUUAAGAUUGGACUUUCCCUUACCGUGGAAAUAGACUGAAGCAUGAUAGUGUUUGUGAUGUCAAGGAUCCUAUGAUCCACGACUCCAGACCAUGAGCCCAUGUACAUUUUUUAGUUUGAUUGUGUAUUAAGGUGAAGGACACUCAACUGACACUGGAGUCAGCAGCUUCGUGUUUAAUAUGUUCAUGGGUGAGUUUCCAACCAAUCAACACACAGUACAGUAAAGUGCAACUUAAGAGUCAAGUCUGUCAAGUCAGCCAGAAAAUAUCAAAGUUCACCAGACUGGUUAGUCAUUUCAGCGGAUGUGUCCACAGGACAUAUUUGGUUGGUUGACCGGUCUGGCCCUGCCAAUUACUAUCGCUUCAGGAUGUGACGACUUUAACUUAGUCUGUCCCUGGUCUAAUGAGCCAGCUACCUGCUUCCCAGUAGCCACCUGAUGAGCUAGACUAGAUAUUCCGUUACUGUGAAAACAUACUGUGGUGUUUGUGACAAGGUAAAUAGUUCAGAUCCUUCAGUUUGGACAAUGAGUCCAUGUAUAUUUUUGUGUUUUGAUUGCGUAAUAAAAUGAAGGCCACUCAACUGAA